CCCUCCCUCUGUCCGAGGUGACCUGGGACCGGCGCUUGGGGGUGUUGCCCUGGGCGCUCGGACACCGCCUCCCAGGAUUAAAGCGAGAGCCGGGGAGGGUCGCGGACUCCGAGCUGGGCCGAGGAAGAAGCGAACUCCAGAGGAGGCGGAGGAGAAGCAGGAGGAAGAAGGGGUGAGGGGAGGGGAGCUGCCCCGGAGCGCAGCAGGUCAACGCGAACGUUCCAAAUACCUCCCUUGACCCGAUGCUGCUGAUAACAUCAGGAUGGCUUUAAACUCAGGAUCAUCACCAGGUGUCGGGCCUUACUAUGAGAACCAUGGAUACCAGCCGGAAAGCUUGUACCCUCAGCAGCUGCCCACGGCUCCCCCUGCUUACGAGGUGUUCCCAGCUCAGUACUACCCGCCCGCGGUGCCCCAGUACAGCCCAAGGGUUCAGACGCACGCCUCGACACCUGUCAUCUACAGGCAGCCCAAACCUCCGUCCAGGACAGCGUGCACCUCAAAGACUAAGAAAGUCCUGUGCGUCACCUUCACCCUGGCGGCCCUGCUGGCAGGAGCAAUCCUUGCCGCCGUCCUCCUCUGGAAGUACAUGGAGGACGGGUGCUCAGGGUUGGAGUGCGGCUCCUCCGGGACUUGCGUGAGCCCCUCUCUCUGGUGCGAUGGCAUCCUGCACUGCCCCAGUGGCGAGGACGAGAACCGCUGCGUUCGCCUCUAUGGACCGAACUUCAUCCUUCAGGUGUACUCGGCACAGAGGAAGUCCUGGCAUCCCGUGUGCCAGGACGACUGGAGUGAGAGCUACGGGAGGGUGGCCUGCCAGGACAUGGGCUACCGGAAUAGUUUCUAUUCUAGCCAAGGAAUAGCCGAUAACAGCGGAGCCACAAGCUUUAUGAAGCUGAACACAAGUGCCAGCAAUGUCGAUCUCUACAAAAAACUCUACCACAGCGAUGUCUGCUCUUCAAAAACAGUGGUUUCUUUACGUUGUAUAGAGUGCGGCGUCUCCGUGAAGGCGAGCCGCCAGAGCCGGAUCGUGGGGGGAUCGAAUGCUUACUCGGGGGAAUGGCCCUGGCAGGUUAGCCUGCACGUGCAGGGCAUCCAUGUCUGCGGCGGCUCCAUCAUCACCCCGGAGUGGAUCGUGACGGCCGCGCACUGUGUGGAGGAACCCCUUAACAAUCCCAAGAUCUGGGUGGCCUUUGCGGGAAUCUUGAAACAAUCUUACAUGCUCUAUGGAAGUGGAUACCGAGUAGCAAAAGUGAUUUCCCACCCAAAUUAUGAUUCCAAGACCAAGAACUAUGACAUCGCUCUAAUGAAGCUGCAGACGCCUCUGACUUUCAACGACAAAGUGAAACCAGUGUGUCUGCCCAAUCCAGGCAUGAUGCUGGAGCCAACUCAGUCCUGCUGGAUUUCCGGGUGGGGGGCCACCUACGAGAAAGGGAAGACCUCGGAUGACCUGAACGCGGCCAAGGUGCACCUCAUUGAGCCCUGGCAGUGCAACAACAAGUACAUGUACAACAACCUCAUCACGUCCGCCAUGAUCUGUGCCGGCUACCUGCAGGGCACCGUCGACUCCUGCCAGGGAGACAGUGGAGGUCCUCUGGUCACUCUGAAGAGCAGCGUCUGGUGGCUGAUCGGAGACACGAGCUGGGGGUCGGGCUGUGCCAAGGCGUACCGACCGGGAGUGUACGGGAACAUGACCAUGUUCACAGACUGGAUCUAUCAACAAAUGAGGACGUUCUCUCGUGAUGUACGCAGGCCUCUCGUUGCAGUGGCUUCUCUUAUGGGGCGUUUCCCAGGUGACGCUAGUGGUAAAGAACCCACCUGCCAGUGCAGAGAGACGCAAACAGCUAAUCUGUACGGCCUGGGUCCUUGGCAACAUUCCACAAGAAAAUGAAGGGGCUGAUUUUUAACCUCCAUACACUACGUAUAUUUUGAAGUGAUUCCAGGUCCUUUUGUUUUUAUUUGAUCAUGAUCCUGUAUGUCUUGGCCCUUUCCACAGUUCUGUGCAGACCUGUGGCUCCACUACCCCUGGGCCCACCCUUCCAGAACCCUCGUCUGAUUGGGGAGGCUGGCUGGACGUGGACAGCAGAGCCGGUGCAGAGCAAGGGGAUGGGGUCUGCCCCACGGGGACCUUCCCUCGGGCCCCAUUCCAGGGACCCCUCUUGGAUGCACAUGGGGCUGGCGACUUCUCAGCUGCUGGAUGGCUUGAGAAAGGAAGGGGAAAAGCCUGGCAGGACCUGCAGGGGCCAGCCUCUGGGGCUACUGCUGGUGAGGCCACUUGGGGUAGCCCCAGGGCCUGUCUCCCCAUGAGAGAAUUUGAUGAACAUUCUUGAGUGCCUUCUUAGCAGCCCAGAGUGCUGGCUGGAAAUAAAGGGACCAGCUCUUCAUGGGUGAUGACUUGAUAGCCACUUGAAAGGGGACCCAAACCUUUUUCUUUUGGGGGGUGUGUAGACAGAGCCCUGGGAACAUAUGUGAUCACCCCCAGCAUUGCUGGGGGCCCUCCACCCAGGGAGACCUGCCUUAUUCUCCAGUCUCUCCCUGGCCUCCCUUGAAGAUGGUGCAAUGCCCUGGGUCCCCACUGAGGUCUUCACCCCGAGUGGGGUGCCUGCUGACCCUCUUAAAGCCUGCUAAUCAUUCACCUGGAAAUUGAGCUCCCCCAGGGAAAUCAGGGAUACUAAUUAAAGAAACACUGUUUCCUGUAAAGCGUCUACCUGUUACUACCUCAGUGCCCAUGAAACCGGGCCGUAGUCCUACUCUUAGCUUUUUGAAACUACUGUUGCCUUUGCUUGUGUGAGCAGUAGCCGACGUGAGCUGCUUUCACAAAGUGACUGCUCCCAAUUUAAUGUUCUGGAAAUGUUGUCCUGAAGCCCAGCAUCUGGGCUUGUGAGAAAGGAGAGAGGGGUGUGCGAGGGCCUCCCCGUGGCCCCUUCCAGCCACUCCUCAAGUUCCCCUGCAGGGGAGAGUCAGGCUUCAGUGACCAAGUGUGAAGCGUAAACACGGGUGUGACCAAGUGUGAAGCGUAAACACGGGUGCUGUGAGGUCCUGCCUCCUCUCUGACACAGUGGUUUCGCAGAACGACUUGAAUGAUUCUGCACUAGGACUUGACCUUGGAGUGGAAGUCAGGACAAUCCGCUAGCAGGAUGCUCGGGCGGCAGCAUCCCCAGGGGCCAUCCUGACCUGCCUGCUCCCGAGCCAGAUUUUAAAAAGCGUCAAGAUGGUGAGCAAGCAUGCCUUCUUUAGUGCUUCUUUUAAUUUAUGUGACCACUGUUUGUUCGUUGUUUUGUAUCUUUUUUAAACUGUAAAAUUCAAUUGUGAAAAACUGUACCAAUAAAUUAUGCAUUUUUUUGUUUUUC